UUCGUGACGGAACUGCUUCCUGUAACACACGACUGACACAAAUCGUUGCUAACCUGCAUUGGUCUAUAUCAUUUUUAAGGUUUCAUCAGAAUUUGAUGAUUCGCAAAGACCGAUUCGUAAAGACCGAAAAUGUGUUGACUGUUUGUUUUUUAUCACAGGUUUUAUGUCAGUAAAAGUAUUCAGGACCUUGCAAAGUGUCUAAAUGGGUGCACAUUACUGCGCCAUAUGCAGACAAACAACAUUCACUGGCAAGGGACAUAUCUUCGGAAAAAAUCACCAAAGCAGACUCAGAGUGGUUGUUCUCAAGUUCAUAGAAAAGGUGAAGGAAGCUCGACGAACACUUAAAAAGCCCCAAGUAGAAAAGUUUGACUAUACCCAGCACAAGCAGACGUUCUGGUGCUACUGCUGUGGACUUGAAGUCGAAAAAAAUGUUACGGACGGCAACAUGACUGUGCUGUUUGGAGGCUUGUUGGAACACAUGGCCACCCCGGAACACAAGAAGAACACACACAAGUUCUGGUGGGAAAAUAAGGCCGACCCAAAGUUUAGAGACAAGGUCAUUAUCACAGAGGAGGAAACUGAAAGGUUUAAAGCUGAGGUGGAAAAGGUGUUGGAAUCAUUUGUGGAGAAAGAGGAUGAAUACAUUAAAGAGGAAGCUGAUAAUAUCCGGGCCCAAGAAAAGCAUCGUCAGGAGGUCUUUCAGUCGCUUUUAGAGCGUGACGCAGAGCCGGAGUUGUUCAAUGGAUCCAACGGCAUCGAAGUGUCUGCAGAGGAUUCUGUCAGCUCUCAGUUUAUGCCUCAAGGAUCAGCGCAGCAGGUCGGGAGCAGCUUUGUCGACUCAAUGGCUGAAGUGCCGUGGGCUGCAGCGGGACCAGGCCUGACCUUCAUCGGUUAUCAGGAUUCAUCAAACAGUGGAAAUGUUCAUACAGGUGCCCUCCCUCCUUGGCUCCAAGACGAUCCACAGGAGGGGACCUCGGGAACUGACGGGCACCCAGAGAUUGGCCCAUCACAUCAAGAAUUCCUCAAGCAGAAGGAGCAAGAGAAGCUGAAAAAGCUUCCUCCAAACAGAGUGGGGGCCAACUUUGAUCACAGCUCCCACACAGACGCCAACUGGCUUCCCUCCUUCGGUAGAGUGUGGAACAGCGGCCGACGCUGGCAGUCCAGGCGCCAAUUCAGACAGGAGGAAGGACAGAAGAACAGACAGAAGAGGAAGAAGGAGCACAGCACGGAGGCUUCAAAGAAAACAAAAACCACUGAGCCGCCGUCAUAUUCUGACAACACUUAAAACUAACUGUGUGAUGAUUCAGAGGCAACCAUCAUACUAUGACAUGUAUAUACUGUGGCUUGCACAUUGUGAACAAGGGACUAUAUUUUUGAUGAGAUGUACUGAGAAUGAAUAAUAGUGCUGAUUAUUUUAUCAAGAUGAAAAGUAAUAUGUAAGAUUUUUUUUAAAUACCUGACAUGUUUUGACUGUUUUGUCUGUUGUGAUAUGAGAAUCAGCACUAUUAUUCAAGUUAAAUAAGACAAAAUGAAGAUUUUUGAAAGAACCACUGAUGGCCAAGUGAGUGUGUGUGUAUGGGAAAUUGUACAUGCACUUUAUUGCUGUAAAUAUAUGUACUUGGUAAAAUAAAGCUGUGGCU